ACAGAGAGAGUGCAUCAAUGCGUCUGUGAGUCUUCCUACCGCUUUUCUCCGGCUGAAUAACCAGCAACUCCACCAAAUCAGUGAUUGAGAUUUCGCGCGGGGGAUUGUGAAAGGGGCGUUGGAAACGAAAAAGGAAGGGAAGCCUUUUCUGUUUUUCCCUCUGAAGGGGAAUUUCGCAUAAAUAUAUGUUUGUAAUACAUUUCUUGGAUUUUAACGGAAAAUGGCGAUGUGUGCUCGGUCCUGCGGCAUCAUCUGCUUCGUCUCAGCUCAGACUAUGCUGAUUUUGUACAUGUCCUCGCCAGGUGCAGAGAGCCUCAGCUUCCCUCAGCAGUACACGAUGAUGCACUGGGCAAGACGCAUUGAGCAGGAGAUGGAUAGAGUGCUCCAGCAUGCUACUGGAGCCCAGCAGCUGAAAGGGAUGUACAGUGAGAAGAGAAGGCAGUUCAGUGUGCUGAGGAACACACCCAAGGAAGUGGUGCAGAAGGUGGCCUUAAGCAUCGACAGGCUACUGGCAAAGAAACGGCAAGCAUUGGAGAAGCUGGCCAGAGAGGCAGAGAGGCUGCAGAAGGAGCACUCCUGGCAAGAUGGUAUCAAGGAGGGUGACAUGCAGUACUAUGAUUCAAAGGCAGAGUUGGAUUAUUCAGAGGAUGGGGAGAACCCUUACAACCUGAAGUUGGAGUUUGUGGAUGAUCCUAAUUUCAAAAACAAGGUCAACUACUCCUACACAGCGGUACAGAUCCCAACAGACAUCUACAAGGGCUCUCCUGUGAUUUUGAAUGAACUCACCUGGACACAGGCACUGGAGAAAGUCUUUAUUGACAACAGCCGUGAGGACCCCUCCCUUCUGUGGCAGGCAUUUGGCAGUGCCACGGGUGUCACCAGGUAUUACCCAGCCACACCUUGGAGAGCACCAGAUAAGAUAGACUUGUAUGAUGUGCGAAGACGAUCGUGGUACAUCCAGGGCGCGUCCUCUCCCAAAGACAUGAUUAUCCUGGUUGACGUGAGUGGUAGUGUGAGCGGUCUCACUCUGAAGCUGAUCAAGGCGUCAGUGGUGGAGAUGCUGGACACGCUGUCAGAUGAUGACUACGUUAAUGUGGCCCGGUUCAACGAGAAAGCCGAGGUGGUGGUUCCAUGCUUCAAACACUUGGUCCAAGCAAACGUCCGCAACAAGAAGAUUUUUAAGGAGGCAGUACAGCACAUGUCAGCCAAAGGCACUACUGACUACAAGUCAGGCUUCCACUUCGCCUUCCAGCAGCUGCUCAAUGAGACCAAAGUCCCUCGUGCGCACUGCAAUAAGAUAAUCAUGUUGUUCACUGAUGGAGGCGAGGACCGUGCACAGGACAUUUUUGAGUACUACAACUGGCCCAACAAGACGGUGCGAGUCUUUACAUUCUCUGUAGGGCAGCACAACUAUGAUGUCACCCCCUUGCAGUGGAUUGCUUGUGCCAAUAAAGGUUAUUAUUUUGAGAUUCGGUCCAUCUGCGCCAUCAGGACCAACACUCAGGAGUAUCUGGAUGUGCUGGGGCGUCCCAUGGUGCUAGCGGGGAAUCGGGCUAAGCAGGUGCAGUGGACCAACGUCUACCAGGAUGCCUUGGGCCUGGGACUGGUAGUCACAGGAACCAUGCCAGUCUUCAAUCUCACUGUGGAGGGAAACUCACAGAACCAGCUGAUCCUGGGAGUGAUGGGAGUGGAUGUCCAUCUGGACGAAAUCAAGAGGCUAACACCACGGUACAAUCUCGGUGCUAAUGGAUAUGUAUUUGCCAUCGACCCAAAUGGCUAUGUUCUCCUGCACCCAAACUUGCAGGCCAAGAGUGUUAGUGUCCCAGAGCCAGUGACACUGGACUUCCUGGAUGCUGAAAUUGAAGAUGCCAACAAGCAGGAGAUCCGACGGCAGAUGAUCGAUGGCAGGGCAGGGCAGAAACAAAUCAAGACCCUCGUGAAGUCGAUUGAUGAGCGAUACAUUGAUGAGGCUGUGCGGACCUACUGCUGGGCACCCAUCAAUGGCACAGACUACAGUCUAGGUUUGGUUCUGCCUCCCUACAGUGAAUACUACAUCCAGGCCAACCUCAGUGAUGUCAUGCUGCAGUUGCAGUAUUUGGAUUCCCUGCUGCCAACCUCCUUUGAGUCUGCAGGUCAUGUGUUCCUGGCCCCCAGGGAAUAUUGCACUCAACUGCAGCUUUCUGACAACAACACCCAGUUUCUGGAGAACUUCCUGUCUCUCAUGGUGGACAUCACACCAGACUCCAAGCAGUGUAAUCAAGGCCUCCUCCACAAUCUCAUCCUUGAAUCAGACAUCAUCUGGCAACUGGCAACAAGGGUGUGGAAGAACAAAGAUCUCAACACAUAUGGUUUUCUGGCGUUGUUCGCGGCCACAGAUGGAGGGGUAACACGAGUUUACCCCAACAUGGCUGCUGAAGCUUGGAAGGAAGACCCUGAGCCCUUUCAUGCCAACUACUAUCGGCGCAGUAUGGACAACAAAGGCUACGUUUUCAGAGCACCGCCCAGAGGCUCUGCUGAUGAUGGGCUACACUCAGAAAACGCCACCGCUGGCAUCCUGGUCAGCACUGCAGUGGAAAUCAAUAUUGGCGGCAAGAGUAUUAGACCUGCAGUGGUGGGGGUGAAGCUGGACUUGGAGGCCUGGGUGGAAAAAUUCAAGAUCCUGGCCAGUAACCAGUCUGACAGUCGACAGGGUUCACACAAGUGUGGACCAUCCAGCAGCUGUGAGAUGGACUGUGAAGUAAACAGCGAUGACCUGCUAUGUUAUCUGAUUGAUGAUGGAGGUUUCUUGGUCAUGUCUAACCAGAAGGAGCACUGGAAACAGGUUGGCCUGUUUCUUGGGGAGGUGGACCCCUCCCUGAUGCAUGCUCUGUACAAUAACUCCAUCUACACCCGCCAGCAGUCCUUCCAAUACCAGUCUGUCUGUGACCCUUCCCCAAGCAGCCACACAGGUGGAGCACCCAGGGGGGUGUUUGUGCCCACACUCGCGGACCUCCUCAAUCUGGCCUGGUGGACAUCAGCAGCAGCAUGGUCCCUUAUUCAGCAAUUGCUGUAUGGACUGGCUUACCAGAGUUGGUUUAUCACAGAUGAUGUAGAAGCUGAAACUGUAGACUCAAGGCAGGCUAGCUGUGUGACAGUGCAGACUCAGUUCUACUUCACAAACACCACCAACUUCUACAAUGUACUGCAAGACUGUGGAAACUGCUCAAGGCUGUUUCAUGCCAAGCGUAUAGAGAACACCAACCUGCUGUUUGUGGUGGCAGAGAAGAUGCCCUGCAACGCUUGUGAAAUGGAGAAACUGACACAGGUGAAGACAGAGUUGCGGGAAGAGAACCCCUGUGAGCUGCUGAACGCUGUACGAUACCGCAAAGGCCCGUCCACUUGCUUCGACUACAAUGUCAGAGAGAACACAUCAGAGUGUGGGCGGGGCCAUUCUUUCCAGCCGCUGUUUGGACUGCUGCUCUUUCUGCAGCUGUUCCUCCUUUGCCUGUCAACAGCCUCCCAUGAGGCUCUGCCUCUAGCUGGCACACGCUAACCCCCCCGUUAACUCUGUUCCCUUUCCUGUCUUCACUUUUGCACAAUCCACAAAGUCUUCCCUUUUUUAUCUUCCAUGUCUUUCCACUUCCCCCAUCCCAUGAUCUGUUUUUCCCCUCUGAUAAUUCUGUCCUUCCCCUCCUCCUUUUUUCCUCCCCUUCCAUUCUUCCAUCUGUCCACACCUUUUUGUGGGUUUUCUUUCAGAGUGAUACAGAAAUAGCUGGUCUCACAGGUGCGCCAUGUAGGGCUUUUCACACCUUUGAAGACUCUCUUCCUUCAAUGCUCUCCUUGUAACCCUGAACACCAUGACCUCAAACUAAGAAGCAUACAAAAGUUACCACCCUUUGUUUGGGUAUGCUUGCAAAAGGGAUAUUGUAAAAUUGUACAGACUUCCACAACAUCCAAACAUCCAUUUAUUUACAUUCAGUACUUAUUUUUUGACAACAGUUGGGAGACAUCUCAUCUUAUUCCAUCUCUGACAUGAGAGUAUAGAGAAGCAGAAUGUGUUCAAAUCAUUUAAAAAUAUAAUAGGGUAAUAAACAGAGGUCAGUAGCAUUGUUUUAGGGGUGCAUUCAAUAGACGCCAUAAUUGAUAACUACCAUUUCCCUUUUCAGUGGAUCGUUUGUUUAAGUCGUUGUACAACUCUCUGCAGAGGUAGUUCAGUAGGCAUUUUAAAAUAACAAGUAAAAUAGCAGCAAUGUGACAGCAAUCCCUGUGGUGGCUGAAGUCCUUCUGUGUUUGAAAUUGUUUUAGCUGCUUUGCUGUUCCUGGAUGUCAGAGAACAUGGAUAUACAGUACUCUACAAUGAAACAGCUUUGUUCCAGAUUCUGUACUUUUAAAAAUCCCUGUCAUUUGUUAGCUAAUGAGCAUCAAACACAUUUUUAUUAUGUCCUCAGUGUUCUCUGAUCUCUGCACCCUCACCUCCUAGAAGCACCACUGUACACAUCACUGAGCAAAGACCAUUGCUGCUGUUUUCCAAACAGAUUUGACUGUUGAACGCACCCCAGAUGUAAAGGGACGUCUCUGAUCAUUUGUGUGGGUCCUCCUCAGGUCAUCCUGAGAGUUCUGAAGGGGACAUUUGGAGUGGCUGUGCAGAUAUUGCUGUCUUAUACAUGUAAUGGGCCCUAUUCUUUCCAACCUCUGCAAUUUGCCUUGUCAAAUAAUAAUGAUAACAAAAAAUAAGUUUAAAAACGGAAGAAGAAGAAGAUCUGAAACCCUCAAAACAUUUGCAUUUGGUGGAAGUUUACGUUGUUUCAGAACAUUCUCUCGCCAGCACAGAGGGCCUUUUUGUCAACAUUUAACUAUGUGAUUUUGGUUUUUGUCAUUUAUAAAAAUACGAAUGGAAGCUGAUAGUGUAGCACUUAUGUAUCGGUUUGCUUGUUUCAAAAGGAAUGCAGUUUGAGUUCUAAAAAUAAGAUUUAUGGUUAAAUUUACAGAAAAGGGGUUUUGUGGGAGGGAAAGGUUUCAUAGUAAUAUUUAAUAUUUUGUGAUCUGUUUUGAAAUGAAAGUCUUUAUAAAAUCGUAUCAACUGCCUGGCCUAUUUCCCAUAUGCUAGUCCCUUUGUUAACUUAUGCUGAAGGGCACUGGCCUAGUGAUUUCAGAAGUAAACUUUUCAUCCAGUUAUGGCAUUGUAGUCUAUGUUUUAGUAAAACUCCAGGUCUAAAAAUAGAUUGCAGCUGGUCUCUUUAGCUCUGACACUUGAGGAAUACAAAAUAUCAGGUUUUACUGUAUCUCCUAAAACCAGAUAACUGUUUAAAUCAGCUUGAGUUCAGUCAUUUUCCUUUCUCCCUGAAAUUCUGGUACAAAAAAACACAUAUAGACCUUACAGGUGCAGAGAAAGACAAGUUAUAGAACAUGCAACACUUCUAAACAUUUGAAAUAGAUUAUAAAACUGUAAACACUCAUCUGCAAGACAGGAGUUGACCUUUUCAACUGUCAUGCUCACUGUCUCUAAUCUGUUUCAGCCUGGAUUCUCCGAAAAGUACAAAGUACAUAUGAGUGUAGCAGAAAAAAGGACUGUUGAAUUGUUACUAUGUGCACAAUGCGCUCCCAGUCCAUAUUUCAGCUGCCUAAGCUUCAUGGCCAUCCUCCAGCUCAGAGGUCAUAGAACAUGUCCCCUUACCAUCACCACUUGCCCUUCUAACACACUGGAAUGUACUGGAGUUCAAAACCAGUCCCUUGUAUUGGAACUGUAUUGUAGUGAAUGGCAGCUAUGUUAGAGCAGUUCUUGUAUUUUUUUAUUAACAGAAUAAAUGUCAUUUUUGUCCUGUUACCAGGACAAGCACAACUGUCAGUGCCAAGCCUCCUUUACGCUGUGGGACCUUCAUGAAGCAUGGUAUUUCUACUGGGUUUAUAAUGUGCUUACAAUGGUUAUUAUUUUAUGGGAUUAAGUUACUCUUGGCCAUUGUGUAAAGGCAGGAAAAGGUUAAUUUUUGAAUAAGAUUUAACCCCAGGGAAACUUUUUGGUAAGGUAAAGAUUUGAUAUUUUAAGAACAACUCUGACUUUCAGAAAGGACUUAAUAGCUGUUGCUAUGGGGAUACAUGGGAUCAUGGGUAUUGUCAUAUAGGCACAUAAACACAACCUCUUGGUAAUGCCCCCUGGCUGUAAAACAGUGCACAGCGUACCUCCUGGGUUUUUAGGACAGAGCACAGGUGUUCUUGGGAUUUUCAGUUAUGAAAGAAAUGUUCAGGCCCAAGUGCAGCAGUCCUGAGGCAGAGGUAUCCCCUUAGAAUGCCUGUGACAGACAGUAUGGACACCAGUCUGCCCUUUGAUGCUUCAAUAGGAGAUGCUUUCAUGGUAGUUUGGUAGACUGUUGAAGUCAGUCAUGAGAAAUAAUCAUCUGCACUCAUUAUGCUUCUGCAGUGUCAUCUGCACUUGUGCCAAACUGCUUUUGGCCCAGUUUUGUGCAGACUGUUAAAAUUUCUCAUGGAUAACUAUGUCAAAUCAACAACUGAAUACGUACAACAAUAAUAAUAGGAAGUGAUAAACCUGUAAAGACUCAAGCUAUAGGAGCUGACACUAUCAAUGGGCAAGAAUGAUUAAGUGUCUAACAUUUUGUCUGAAUGUGAAAUUUAUAAACAUUUAACCAACUGUACAUUGGCUCAAGCUUCUAUUUAAAUUCCUUCACUGUUUGAAAAAUGAGAGACAAAAAAAAAAAAAUCAGAAAAAACAUACACUGCCUGAAUAAAUAACUUUAUUUUAAAUUUCAAAACACUGAAGAAUGUGCUGCCAGUAAUCAUGUUUGAAUGUGUUGUUUUUUUCUCACGGCUGUUGACAUUGUUUGCAAGGUCAUGUCAGCUCUUGUCAUUUGAUAUGUUUACUGUGCUCUUUUGUGAUGGCACAAAAUAGACAGCACAAAGUAGAAAGGCAAAAGAAUAACUUUGUAAGAUAUUGUGUCUGUCAUUUGUAAAAUAUUUUCAGAUAAUUUAUUA